AUGAGUCUCGCGGCGACCCCGACCCCGGCGUCGAUGAUGGACGUCAUGGCGAUGCGCGGCUCGCCGCUCCAUUCGCCACUGCACUCGCCGAUGCACUCGCCCUUCUUCACGCCGAGCCGGCGCAGCUCGCCGCUGACCACGCCGACGCUCAAGGCCCCGGGCAUGCCGAUCCUCUGGGCCGGCGAGACCAAGGCCAUCGCGCAUACGUGCGACCAGAGCAGCAGCGACAUUGCGCGCCCGGCAACCCCGUGCGACACGUGCGAUAAGCGCCAGCAGGCAAAAGGCCCCGCAGCCGCAGAAAGCAGUGGGGACAAGAUUGUCGACGAGGUCGCAGAGAUGUUCCCGUCUCUCACCGCGGGCGACAAGUGCCUGAUGGAGGUGGUCGGCGUCGUGCCGACCCACGCUGUGCGCUGCUGGGCGGAAGAUACCUGCGUCAUGCCCGAGGCGCGCGCCGACAUGGUCAUCGUGUUCGUCCCGCUCGGAUUCCGGUGGCACCGUGAAGGCCUGCACGAGGGGAUCACGAAGCGGGCGAAUGCCGUGGCGUCGGCACGCGCAAAGAAGCACGGGCACAAGGUGUCGUCGCCGCUGACGUCCAAACGCAUUGAUAUCCGGCCGUACAACGAGUUUUACCACCUUGCGCCGGUGCGUACCCUCAUCGUCAACAUCUGCUAUGACCCAGAGCACCCCGCGCUCGCCGACUCGUCCAUCUCGCUGUUCCUCUCUCCCGAGUACGAGUGGCCGAGCGUCAAGGACAUUACGGUCAUGUUCACACCGCGCCACGAGCUCAGCAAGACCUGCCACACGGAUCUCGAGUACAGGUCACGAAUGGCGGCCAUGAGCGGACAGCUCCUCGGAAUCAUGCACGACCCGAUCAUGGGCCUGAUGGACUACCUGCCCGAGCAUCCGCUUCGGCUGGUCGGGCUGGUCGAGAUGGACCCGCGGCUGCUGGGCAGCGUGCCUACGCCGCAGGAGAAGUCGACGCGCUCGGGCGCUUCGUCGCCGCCUGACCCGAUCCACCGCCUCCAAGUCGCCGGCACGACCGCGGCAAUGGUCGCGCAGCAGUGGAUCCCGACCGCGCCCCGCGAAACGGCCGACAAGCCACUCUCGACCGACGUGCGCAACAACGAGCUCGCGCAGCAUAUCCGCGACGCAAUGGUCAUUGCUGCUGGCUGGAGGUCAGACGAGGCCCGCCCGCACUGGUACGACACGCCAGAGAGCAUCAACAAGGCGAGAAGGAGCAUCUCGGUCAUGAGCCGCGACCAGUGGAAGAAGCAUGUCGGGGACGAGACGUUCCUCCUUGCGACCGUGGUGUGA